UUUUCUUUCUUUCUGUAUCACAUAUUCAAAUAGUACUGGCAGCACCUGCCGCUGUUUCAAGCACGUGCUUCUGGUUUUUCCUGGUUAUGAUUAUUAUAACCAGCUCAAACGGUGAAGUCCACCUAACAAAGAGAUAAGUACAGUGUUUUGCCUACCAACCAGCAGGUGCCAGUUAUCUGAAUGCAAAAAUAUUGAUUUAACGAAGGAAACUUAAGAGUUUUUAUUAUUUUCUAUUGCUUCUGUUAAGCUGCUUGAAUAUCUCGAAAAAUAAGGAGUCAAGACCAUACUUUUCUGAAUUCAUUAAAAACUAAAAUUUAUACUAUAUUAUAUUAAAUUUUGUAUUUAUUUGCAAAAGUUUCCAGAUUCUUCGACCAUUGCCAAUACUUCUUCCUCAUAUAAUCGGCAAGAAAUCUUAAUUUUUUUUCUUAAGUUUGAUAAUUUUCUCUUGCUCUCUUUUAUUCUUACAGCGUUAAAUCCUGCUGAUUUUGCUCUUGGUCCGCAUUUUUUGCCUCAUUGUUAUAAACUUUGGUAUAAUUCAUACCAUAGUUAUUAAUUGUGUUAUAAUUUUCCAAUUGUGCAGUGAGUAACAAUGUGUGUGAUGGCGAUGCUUCGGAAGGUCAGUUCAGUGGGGGGUUUGAUCUCCUCCCUCUGUUUCGUCCUCCUGUCUGCCGCCUUCCACGUGCCCAUUGUGUGGUACCUGGAAACAGGCGUCUCCUUCCAUGUGGGAGGACUGUGGCACUUCUGCUCCAAGACUGCACUGGUCGACUGGAAGUGCGAAUACGUCGACAAAAAAGACGCAGAUGCGAUGGGCCAUGACUGGGGGGACUAUGUGACCAUGAGGACGUUUGUGGUGAUCAGUGACCUCAUAGGAGUGGCACUCUUAAUAUUCUUCUACUUGUCCAUCUGCAUCAAGAGUAAGGUGUUGGGUGUGGCGAGUGUGAUUGGGGCGGCUGCAGUAGUGGGGCUAAUCACUGUCUCCUCCACCCUGGCCCAGACAGCCUUCACCCAGUACAACGGAGCAGACACGGAGGCCGACUGGUGUCUCUAUGUCAUAUGGCUCUGCUUCAUGUCCACAUUCAUUGUGGCCGCAUUCGCUAUAGCCGUACUAGUGGCCGCUUGUAUGGACGACUGAGACCAAUCUCAAUACAUUUACGGACCACUGACCACAAUGGCAUGCCUGUAUUUCAAAGAGAAAAAAAUGAUAACAAAAAAGCUAACAACUGAAGCUUUUCAAUGGAUUGGAUUGAAUCAACUUGACAAUGAAGUGAUCUAUCUUUAAUAUAUUGCAUGAGAGGUCAAAUGAAAAAUUAGCGAAAAAAAUAAGCUCCAUUUUUUUAUUUGUACAAUGGUGUUGAAAAAAUGCUGUGAAAAACAAACACAAGAAAACGUGAAGAUUUGUAAAUGUUAAGAGCCCAAAUUGACCAUGAGAAAAAUAUAUAUGUUUUCUAAAUGUUUCAUUAUUUCAAU